AUGGAAGCACACGACGCAGCGGUGGCAGUGGUCGCUGCAAGGGUGAAACAUUUUCACAAGGAACAAAAACCAUUCCGGAACUACCAUGGUUCGAGUCUUAGCACGCGCCCGUCGGAUCGGAACAGAGACAACAUCGUGGACACCAGCUCGCUCAGCCAUGUCCUGGCCAUCGACAAAGCCAAGAAGACGGCGUCAGUCGAGCCAAACGUCUCAAUGGAUGUUCUCGUCGCAGCCACGAUGAAGGAAGGACUGGUGCCUCAGGUUGUAAUGGAGCUGCCGAGCAUCACGGUCGGUGGUGGCUUUUCCGGCUCUUCCGGCGAGAGCAGCUCGUUCCGCUUUGGCCUGUUCGAGGCGACUAUCAACGGAAUCGAGAUCGUUCUGCCUACCGGUGAAGUAGCCAAGGCCUCCAAUUCUGAGAAGCAGGAUCUCUUUUGGGGUGCUGCAUCAGCUUUUGGGACGAUUGGUGUAGUUACUCUUCUGGAAGUGCAGCUCAUGGACGCCAAGAAGUACGUUGCCAUGACCUAUUACCUGACGAAGGGAUUCGACAACACCCUGGUCAGGAUCAAAGAGGAGACAAAAAAGGAGGAAAAUGAUUACAUCGAUGGCAUCGCUUUCACGCCAGAGUCAUCAGUGAUAUGCUGCGGCCGCAUGGUUGAUGACCUCCCUUCAGGCCAGAAGCCGCGCCACUUCACACGCAGAGGCGAUCCAUGGUUCUACCUCCGGGUCAAAGAUGCCCAUGAUCAUCUUUUGAAAUUCCCAGAAAAUUCCUUCAUAGACUAUAUACCACUCGAAGACUAUCUUUUCCGCUACGAUCGAGGCGGAUUCUGGACCGGCCGACAGGCCUUCGAGUACUUUAAAGUUCCCUUCAACCGAAUCACCCGCUACGUACUCGAUCCGUUCAUGUACACGCGCGUCAUAAACCAAGCUCAAGCAAAGACAGACUUUUCAUAUCACUACAUGAUACAGGACUGCGGCAUACCCUUCCAGAAGUGCAACGAGUUCAAGUCUUGGCUGGACGAGAAUAUUGGUCUUUACCCUCUCUGGCUAUGCCCACUCAGGGCCCGUCGAGACUCUCCAGGUUCAAGUCAUGGGAUUCAUGCCGCAAUGGGGAAACGGGACUACUCUGACCUGCUGAACUUUGGCGUGUGGGGUCUCAUUUCCUGGGACCGCCAAGAAGUACUUGGCAAGAACAAAGCCCUGGAGGCGAAAGUGCGCGAGCUCGACGGGUGGAAAACCCUGUAUGCACAUACGUAUUAUAGCGAGGAGGAUUUUUGGUCGGUUUAUGACCGGGAGUCGUAUGACGCCGUGCGGGCCAAGUACGGGGCGAAUUACCUGCCCAGCGUGUAUGAGAAGGUCAGCGUCAAAGUCGAUCUCGAGGCCGAGGAAGCGGCGCUGCGCACCUCGACGAAGGCUAGGCUGAAGGCGAAGGCGAAGUCGACGUGGCCCACGCGUGGGCUGCUGGGUGUCUAUCAUGCGGUUAGAGGAGGCGAUGUGCUGCUGCAGAAGCAGGAGAAACCACAGACGCAGAAGACAGCGUCCUCGGGGCCAGGCAAGGCAUAG